AUGGCCGGGCUGCUUCAGGGCCGCCCGGGGCUGCCGACACCGCCCGGGACCCGCGGGCUCCGGGCAGAGCGGCGCCGCCACCGCCGGCCCGCCGCCCGCCUCUACCCCCUGCUCUGUGCUCUCCCUGAACUCUGCAUUCGCUCAGUCCCUGCAGAUUUUGGCAAACGCGUGUACCAAGGGGUGCGAGUGAAGCACACGGUCAAGGAUCUCCUGGCUGAAAAGCGAUCCCGGCAGAGCAGCGGCUCCCGCUUCAGCGGCAGCACCAGCACAGCACAGUCACCCUUUGGCCAAAUACCAGGCUCCCCCCCCAUGUCUGGGUACUACGGCGUCCGCAGAUCCUUCCCGGCCGAGCUGGAUUUCCACGGCACCAAGCAGUUUGUCAGCGAUGCCUACCCCUCCCCUCUGGGCUCCAGGCCCUUCUCCUGUGACUCCUCUGUCCCCCAGGGCCACCCAGCCCGCCUGGAGCCCUAUCUCAGCGAGUUUGGGGAUCACCGUGCUGCUGCUCCUCCUCUGCCAGCUCCCACCAGCUCCUUCUUCAGCGCCCCAGCCGUGCCCCCUCUGCUGCCAUCCUUCCCCAGUGACACGGGGCACUUCCUGCUCGUGAGUGCCUCUCCGUGGCUCUGUCCCCAGGGCAGGCUCACCCCCUCUAAAUGUGGGGUUCAGUCAGGGGGGCUCAGAGAGCCCUGGGAGCAGCCCUCACCCGAGAGCCUUGGCCAGCCUGACAGUGCCUGCUCAGAGCCUCUGCAGGCGCUCCCUGCCAGCUCCAGCUGCCUCUCCCUGCCCGAACCCGGAGCUGCUUCCCCAUUCCGAGGCUCAGACACCCACUACUCCCCCAGCUACGCUGCCACCUCGCCCUACAGCCUGUCCCCAUUGGUGGCCAGCGAGCCCUCCAGGAUGAGCCACCUGUGCCCAGAGCCACCCUUGGAGCCACCACACCUUCCCGAGCACUCUGCCUGGGCCAAAGAGGAUGGAAGUGCCCUCUGGGGGACUUACGAAGGCAGGAGAACUUAUUGA